ACUGCCACACGGACACAAUGGAACUGGUGUGACAAUAUCUAGCAGACAUCCCUUGUUGUAACAGAGUCGUGUCUCCGUCUGUCAAUGCAACGUUGAAUCGGUCUUGUCUUAAGACUGUUAACAGCUAUCUUAUUGUCUUUUUUGCAUUAACGAAUUAGCUUGGUGAGAGCGCUAACGCUUGCUAGCUAAGCAGCUGCUUGAGCUCUGCUCCUUGGUUUGGUUAUAUUGCCUCAGAUACAUUAUUGCUCUCCAACUAAUCUGAUUGAGAGGGAUUAUGGCGUUUCCUUUUGAUAUUAACCAGUUAUUCCUCGAGAGGGUCACACUCUUGGACCAGACUCUUGUUGCGGAAAAUCGUAAAUCCACAGAAAGACCAGAUAUUUUGGAACACAUAGUAACGGUCAUUGAUGAACUUGGAAGAGCCUCGGCAAAGGCCCAACAACUCACAACUCCAAUAACUAGUGCUUCCAAACUACAGUCCCAGAAGCAUCAGCUGUAUCUGCUGAAGGACGUAGAAAGCAACAGAGGACAUGGUAUGGUUGUGGGAUUUCUCAAGGUCGGCUACAAGAAGUUAUUUCUUCUUGACAGACAGGGUGUGCACAUAGAGGCAGAGCCAAUGUGUGUUUUGGAUUUCUACAUUGCAGAGAACUUUCAGAGACAUGGCUACGGAUCAGAGCUGUUUGACUUCAUGUUGCAGCACAACAAUUUAGAGCCGGUGUUGAUGGCUUACGACAGGCCCUCACCAAAAUUUCUGUCGUUCCUGGCAAAGAAUUACUGGCUGACACAAAGUGUCCCACAGGUCAAUAACUUUGUGGUGUUUGAGGGAUUCUUCCUCAACAAAACAGUUGCCCAGUUGAGAAAGGUUCCCCUGAAAAAACCAGACGGAGAGAUCAAACCCUACUCUGUAAUGGAGAGAGAAGUUGUGAAUCAAGAGCAGAGGGCUCUUCCUUGGCCAUUCCCUCUGCCUCACUCCCCCCAGCGGUCGGUAUCGUCCCAGAGCUCCAAUUCCCUCAGUGUGGGAUCCUCCCCCAGCAGGGUGCCCCUUCAAGUCACCUCAGCUUCUGCAGUUGCAGGCAACAGAGACCACAGCCCACAGUCCCCUCUCACUGAGCGGGGCAGGGCAAGACGCACCAGCCAACAGAGUCUAGCUGCUAGAUGCAGCCUGUACCAUUGGCACUUGGACACCAGAGCUGUUGGACUGCUCGACAGACAUACGCAUGCCAGGUCACUUGCCCUUCCUCAUGUGUCACCGGUCUGAUUGUCUCUGAUUGUUUCCACCUGUUCCCUUCACCCUCAUGUGCUUAUAGUCUGCGUCUCCCCUUUGUCUUGUGCCGAAGUGUUUCGUUCUUGUUCGUGCACCUAAGCCUUACCCACAGUCAUUGUCGUUUUUGCCAAAGAGUUUCUUGCUACGCCACGUAAGUUGUUUUCUGUUUCCUCCUUGAGAGUGAUUUUUUGUUUGUUAAAGUUUUCCAGUUUAGCUUUGUUUUGUGUUGUUUUGUAAACUGUUUUUCUUCCUCCCUUUUGGAGCGAUUUAUGUUAAGAGAGAUUAAGUUAGUUUGUUGAGCCUCCUGAUUAGGUGAGCCUUUUCUUUUGCCCCAUUUAUUAGUAGUUUGGUUUUCCUCCUUCGGGAGCGCUUUUGAUUUCUUGCUCUUGCCAUUUGUUUGUCCUCCUUCGGGAGUGGUUUGUUUAAAAGCUUUUUCUUUUUCUAGUGUAUGUUUUGUAUUUAUUAGGAAGUUCUUUUUCCCCAGUUAUUGCUUGCCAAGUAUUAUAUUAUUAUAUAGAUAUAGUUAGUGAGAUUUUCAUAGCCUUCUUGUUUGUCACUCUGCAUUGAGGUUCUGAAAUCAAUAAAGUGUGCUGGUACGUGA